CUUCCGGGUUGGUCACCACACUUCCUUUCUUGUCGGCCAUUUGUCACGAACGAUCCCCUUCGGCGAUCAUCCCUCCAACCUUACAAAAUGCAGAACGACGCUGGUGAAUUCGUAGACCUUUACGUCCCACGUAAAUGCUCUGCUAGCAACAGGAUCAUUGGAGCCAAGGACCAUGCCUCUAUUCAGAUCAACAUUGCUGAGGUUGACAAGGCAACGGGUCGCUUCAACGGUCAGUUCAAGACCUACGCUAUCUGUGGUGCCAUCCGUAGAAUGGGCGAGGCUGAUGACUCUCUCCUGAGGCUGGCUAAGACUGACAGCAUCGUGUCAAAGACCUUCUAAAAGAGAAGCUACAACAGUGGAAACUUUGUUAAAUAAAGAAAAUGGUAAAAAAUA